GUGCAUCAGUGAGCUUCAGGCGGCUCCACGCCGCAUUGACGCUGCUCCAUCCUACUCAACUCACACACCGGGACGAAAACAGUGGAUGCUAUUUGCACUGGAUUUUGGAUCCUGUGAUAUGCAACACAUUUCCUCCUCUCCUUUUCGCUUAGUCCAAUGAGGAGGCGCUCCCCACUGCCCGGUGAUGAUGAAUGCAGAUGCAGCACGGUCACACAUUUGGAUGUAACCCACAAGUUUGCGCCUCGUGAAUGCAGCGGUUUGUUUGUUUGUGUAUUUCUUGACUGAGAAAGUGAGCAUUCUACGCUGUCUCCAACAUGGAUGUUGACAGAAUGGAAGAGCAGCAGAGUACAUGAAGGUGCACUUUCUGGAUUUCCAAUUCCGCAAUUCCCCGCACGAUGCAGAUCCUCUCACCCGGGAUGUUAUUUGUGUUAUUUCUUGUCCAUGCACAUGUGUGUUUGUCCAUGAGAAACAAUGGGCACAUAAAGGAGGACGUGAGCGCACACCCCGCCAGGACUUCCAGCGGGUCACCCCAGAAGAGUCGCCAAAUUAAAGCCAGAGACCGCGCCACAGGUGAAUCCCCGGUGGAACUGCAGGCAAUCGUCCGAGGGACCUUCAACUCCACGCAUCCGUGGAAACGAGGGGUCACGGGAGAAGUGAGGCGCUUUGCGCACAACAAGCACGACUUGAAUAGGACAGUGACAUCUGCGGGGGAUGCUGUCUCACAUUGGGACCUGACGCGGCACCGUAGUAAGAGGAUAAAGUUGAACGGCGGGCUGAGUAGCGCGGGCACGCCGGCAAGUGGACACCACAAUGCGCCUAAGCCCUCCUCAACGGGAGGUGGGGGGCCCACGGAUGGAGAUCGACACAGGAGGGGCACAAAAGAGGAGAAGGCUUGGAAGAGGGGGAGAACCCGGCAGAACAAAAGCUACGGGGCUCUGGCUCAGCCUCACGCGUCGCCAUGGGAACCCAUCCCCAAGCCCGUGGCCCUCACAUCCACAGACGCGCCCUUUGACCUCUUCACCAGGAGGCCCGAGCUCUUCACGUUCCGGGAGGAGAAUCCCUGGGACGCCACGCCGAUCACGCCGCCCGGCUUGCAGGACUUCGGGGACGAGAUCAAGAACCCGUUCUACCCGGUGACAAGCGAGACGUCGAGCGCUUACGCCAUCACCUGCGUCUCCGGGGUGAUCUUCCUGGUGGGCAUAGCGGGCAACGUCGCCAUCCUGUGCAUCGUGUGCCAGAACUACUAUAUGAAGAGCAUCUCCAACUCGCUGCUGGCUAAUCUGGCAGUGUGGGAUUUUGUGCUCAUCUUGUUCUGCCUGCCCAUGGUGGUCUUCCAUGAGUUGACCAAGUCGUGGCUUCUGGGGGAGUUCACCUGCAGGGUGGUGCCAUACAUGGAGGUGGCUUCCCUGGGCGUGACAACCUUCACCCUGUGCGCGCUUUGCAUCGACCGCUUCCGGGCGGCCACUAAUGUGCAGAUGUACUACGAGAUGAUCGAAAACUGCACCUCCACCACGGCCAAGCUGGCCGUCAUCUGGAUCGGGGCUCUCCUCCUGGCGCUGCCCGAGCUGCUCAUCCGGCAACUGGUGGUCGAAGACGCCGAAAUCCCAGACGAGCCUCCCGUGGAACGCUGCAUCAUCCGGAUCUCCACGUCCCUCCCGGAUAUGCUCUACGUGUUGGGGUUGACCUACGAGGGCGCGCGGCUGUGGUGGUGCUUCGGCUGCUACUUUUGCCUGCCGACCCUCUUCACCAUCGGGUGCUCGCUGGUGACGGCGCGGAAGAUCCGACACGCUGAGCAGGCCAGCGUGCGGAGCAACAAGAAGCAAAUCCGCCUGGAGAGCCAGAUGAACUGCACGGUGGUGGCGCUAGCCAUCGUCUAUGGCGCCUGCGUGGUGCCCGAGAACAUCUGCAACAUCGUGUCCGUGUACAUGGCGGCCGGCGUUCCCGAGAGCACCAUGUCCGUGCUCCACCUGCUCUCCCAGCUGCUGCUCUUCUGCCGGGCGGCGGUGACCCCCGUGCUGCUCCUGCUGCUGUGUCGCCCGCUGGGCAGGGCCUUUUUGGACUGCUGCUGUUGCUGCUGCUGCAGCCGUACGCCCUCCUCCACCACGGCCAGCGACGAUAACGAACACGAGUGCACCACCGAGCUGGAGCUGUCGCCGUUCAGCACCAUCCGCCGGGAGCUGAGCAACUACACACCGGCCGGAUCUCACUGCUAGGAUGAAGGUCCGGUUGCCUUACCCAGUCCAGUUGCCAAAUAGGCACAUGAUGGAGGACACUCAAGGCUUGGUUUCUUAUUACCUCCGCUAAGCAGAAAGGCAUUUGUGUUUCCCAUGUAAAGUACGGUUCAUCGUUCGCAGCCCUGCGAUAUCACUUCUUUUUUUUCAUUUUACAGUUGUACCUUGAAUUACAAGUGCCCCAAAUAACGAGUUUUUCAAUUUACGAACUGUAAACGAUUUUUUUUUUUUUGCUUUGUGCGGCGAGCCAACAUUUUAAUUACGUGCGAACUUCAGAUACGCGAGCGACAGUUGUCAAUGCACUUUCAGCUGUUUAUUGAAAGGGAUAAACAGGCAAACACACAAAUACAAAAUGAAAACACUCGCAAGGAGCACGGCCUGAACACUUAACUAACUGUGUGGUAAAUGGCCAACUUGUGUUUGAUUUAGAGCUCCUGAGUGUACACUAGGCCACGCCCUUUUGAAGACACACAGCAACACACAAAUACUAGUGUGUUGGAGUGUGUGUGUGUGCGUGUUAAAACGGCGUGUGUGUGUGUGUGUGUGUGUGUGUUUGACUUUCAGCCUAAUUAGACACAUUCUUUUAUUUUGUUUCAUUAUGUUUUCAUAUUUAUAUUUUCCAAUACAUUGCUAUUUUACUUUAUUAAAAACUUAACAAAAACAUUGUUGUUUUUUUUUAGGCGGUGAGCUUGGUCACAAAACAACUUAAACCAGUAAGUCAAGGUACCACUGUACUCACUUACUGCGAUGCCCUCGCAUGUGGGAAAAGCGAGCCACAAUCGCCGAUGCACUUUUCAGCCAUUCGUUGAAAACCGGGAGAAGAGUGAAACACAGCAAGCACACUUACUGUAUGCAGAAGCUGCUGUCGUUCACAACUCUCAUCCAGGCGCUCACCUCAUCAGGCCCCGCCUCUUAAAGGCACAGUAUUUUCUAAACAUUUUAUGCUUGCAAUAAUUUUUUGUGUUGAAAUACAUUUACAGUAUGUUUUUAAAGUGUUUUUUAAUAUAUUUAAAUGUGUUUAAACCAUAAUUUUGUUUACAGUUUUGCUUUGGCGAAUUUCUACGCUCCACUGACUCCUAUUCUAUUUUAACACUGCAAAUUCACUGAAUCAUAACCAAAACAACCGUGCCGCCACUCAGUUAAUAUGUGGUCAGGCGUCUAGGACAGAAGUUGGCUACAGACCUGUCAUUGCAAAACACAAACUUGUUGAAAUUAUGCCAAGCAACCACGUGUCAUGAUGAGAGACAUCGCAUCCAGGCAGUUCACACUGCCUGAAGGUAUUACAGGACUGUUUACAUACGAAAUCUACUGUAAUUGUACACGUUGUUAUGCACAUUUCCUCUUAUUUGUGACGGGAGAUUGUUGUGGUCUUAGCUUGCACGUUCUGUUGAAAUCCAAUACAAAAGCUGUGUCAAAAAUUGCUGAAUGUUUGAUACAGUUCUUGUUUAGGAUGUCCAAAUUUUUAAUUGUGCAAGUAUACGUCUAUACUGUACAUACUAAACGCAUUACUGUGACUGUGUUGGACAUUACUGGGCUGGUCUCAGAGAAGCAUAAAUAAGUGAUAAUAAAAAGGUUCUCAACGGACUCAUCAAAUGGACCACGAUUGAAUACGAAACGCACUCAGCAUGGACAACACGGACUGCUCACUACACUAUUGUAUCAUAUUAUGCCUUGCACUUGGAGCUGUAUAUAUAAAAAAAAAACAAAAAAAAAAAAACGACAGAAUACUACACUCUCUUUGGUGCUCUUAUGAUGAAUGCGCUGUAAACAACAAAUCAAUCAGUUCCACAUAAGAAUCGCGAGCAAUUGAGCUGCACACUUCAUUUCUGGUCAAAAAGACAAAUGGUGGUUAUUUGUGUGAGUGUGGACUAUACUAAAAAUGAGUGUGAUUAAAAAAAAAAAUUUAAUAAAAAUUUUAAAAAAGCUACAUUUGAAUAACUGAUCAGCUCGAGAGUAGAGUGCUACCGCUUGUAAAACUGUACCAAAGUGACGACUUUUAAAAAGUGUAAAAAUGACGAAUCAAUGUGUGUAAUGUACUGUAAAUUAGCAUUUCUAAUCCCGCAAAGGAGACCUGGGUUGAGACCAUUUUGAAAUUACAAUCAAGACAACUGGGGAGGAAACAGCCAAAAAGAGUUUACAUUUAUCCAAAAAAGUCAUCCCCAUCAAGCCUUUGAUGCCCAAAAUCUAAGCAAAAACUCUAUUCAUUUUGAAAGAUGUUUAAAAACAACAGAUUGAGGGUUAUCUCUCCUUUAGCAAAUUUCUCGUGGUUAUUUGCAUGUAUCCAAACAAAUCCUAUUGAUUUUGAAGUAUAUCUCACCCAAGAUGUAAGAGGAAGCGCAGGCUAAGGCCAGACGGCAUUGUACUUUUUCCACUGUCAGCACUUUUUCACACUUUGGGGAAUUAUCACUCCAUGUCAGAGCAAGAAUCUGAAUGAUUAUGGAUAAUAUACAAUCCAAGAUGCUUAAAGUAGCUCACAAAGGUCAUAUUGGUGCAUGUUGUUUUAUUGAUUUUUUUUUUUGCACUGCUAAUUAGCGAUUGCUUCCUGGGGAUGACUAUCUCAUGUUUUCUUCUUAGAUUGACCAAAAUAAAUAAAAACAAGCCUUAUGAUAGUCACGACCCAGAUGCAAUGUUUUUAAGAACUCUGUGUAUCACAAUCAGUUGAAUUCUGCACUGCCAAACACCUAUCUGUAGCAGCAGAUCGCCAUUUCUAGCGCUCACUCUCACACGAGAGGUCAGUUUGGCUCUAAUGUCGACAAUCCCAAAGGUUGAUCCUGCAGUGCCGUUAACUACCGUGGUGCUACUGUACGUGCAAACCAGAGCACAAAUCAUAGCUCAUUAUUUCAACUCACAAAUCCAGAUUUUGUGACCGAAGUCAAAGUGACCUCCCAGAUUUUUCCGGAACAUUUUACGCGGCGGGUUGGGGGAGGGGUACGGCAGAUUCUAAGUGGCUCGGUGUGUAGUUGUGUGUGGUUCAAGCUGUUGAUGAUGUGAUUCUUGUGGCAUACAGUGUGUAUUCUCAACUGUGUCCUCUGUCCUUAAUUGGUGGCUGCAAAUGUAAGCACAUGCACUGUUGUCUUCAAACCCACUCACUGGUUUCUAAAUAGCUUUUUAUAUAGCCAAAAACUGUCCCUUUUGUCUAUCAAGGAAUGGAAAACUGUACAUUAAAACCCACAAAUCCAA